AAGUUCUCGCGGGACCCCGACCAGGAGCGGAAGCGAGGCGGCUGUGCUGCUUCAGCUACCGGACCGCGGCGGCGGCGACGAAGACUGUGGCGGUGACGGCGGCGAGAAUAGGCGCUGCCCUCAGGGAGCAGCAGAGGAGUCUGCGGCCGCUCGCACCGCUGCAGAGGGGCCGGCCGGGCGUGGAGCGGAGCAGCUGCGCCACGGGUGGCAUUGUGUGUCCCGGAGAGCAGGAGCGAGUCCCCGAAGAGCGGCGAGGCUGCCCAGAGCCCUGGGUAUCUCCUUCGGCAGGGAAGACUGCCUUCCCCCUGCUUCAGGCUGCUGAGCCCUGAGCCCCGCUCAGAAUGGAAGCCAUCGCCAAGUAUGACUUCAAAGCCACCGCAGACGACGAGCUGAGCUUCAAAAGGGGGGACAUCCUCAAGGUUUUGAAUGAAGAAUGUGAUCAGAACUGGUACAAAGCAGAGCUCAAUGGGAAAGAUGGCUUCAUCCCCAAGAACUACAUAGAAAUGAAACCACAUCCGUGGUUUUUUGGCAAAAUCCCCAGAGCCAAGGCAGAAGAAAUGCUUAGCAAACAGCGGCACGAUGGGGCCUUUCUCAUCCGUGAGAGCGAGAGCGCUCCUGGGGAUUUCUCCCUCUCUGUCAAGUUUGGCAAUGAUGUGCAGCACUUCAAGGUGCUCCGGGAUGGCGCCGGCAAGUACUUCCUCUGGGUGGUAAAGUUCAAUUCUUUGAAUGAGCUGGUAGAUUAUCACAGAUCUACAUCCGUCUCCAGAAACCAGCAGAUAUUCCUCCGGGACAUAGAACAGGUGCCACAGCAACCGACAUACGUCCAGGCCCUCUUUGACUUUGACCCCCAGGAGGAUGGCGAGCUGGGCUUCCGUCGGGGAGACUUUAUCCAUGUCAUGGAUAACUCGGACCCCAACUGGUGGAAGGGGGCUUGCCACGGGCAGACCGGCAUGUUUCCGCGCAAUUACGUCACCCCUGUGAACCGGAACGUCUAAGAGUCAAGAGAAGAUUAUUUAAAGAAAGUGAAGAAUUUUAAACACGUGCAAAAGAAUUAAAUCCAUGAGCUGCCUCUAACAGCAGCCUGUGAGGGAGCUCGGAACCCCUGGCUGGGUCACCUGGUGACCCUCUCACUUUGGUUGGAACUCGGGGGGGGGUGGGCGGGGGCGUUGGAUAUAAUGCCAAAACUUACCUAUAAAUUAAGAAAAGAGUUUUUAUUACAAAUUUUCACCGCUGCUCCUCCUCCUCCUUUGUCCUUUUUUUCAUCCUUUUUCUCUUCUGUCCAUCAGUGCAUGACGUUCAAUGCCGCAUAUAGUCCUAGCUGUUGCCAAUAAUAAAAGAAAAGAAACCACGUGGGCUGAUAUUUUCUCUAUGCAAAAUGUCUGUUUUAGCUGGAACAACAGAAAGAAGAACAGCCGCUUCCAUGUCCCGCCUGUGCACUCGGACAGUGGGCGGGAGCCGGAGGCCCGUGCUGCUCAGUUUCUGCCCGGGGAGCGGGGGGAGCAGGGCCGGCCCCCUCCCAGCCCACCCCACGUGUGGGCGUGGACUAGGGUGGCGGAGGGGGUGGCACCUCUCGGGGCUUCCUGCGAGCCGGGCCCUAACCUGUGUCCCUUUCCACGUGGUUUUCCCUCCAAGUGGUGUUUUGAGCAUGUUUUUCAUAGUGCCUUUUGCCUUAUUUCAAGGGUUGCUUAUGAGUGGUGUUUUUUAUUUGUUUUGUUUUAAAAUAAGUUAAAGACAGUCAGCCAAUUUGUCUCCUACUCUGUGUAAAUAUUUUUCCCCAGGGGGAGGGGAAGGCAGGGUAGAGACAGGAGACGCGGGAAGGUGUGGGCGUCCUGCCUGUGCGCAGCCGGAGUCUCGGAGGCUCAGCUUUAAUUCUUGUGGCCCCGCAGGUUCAGGGAGCCGGAGCCCUGCCGUCUGGAGUCGCUGCCCGGGGUGCAGAGUGGCCGGGGCCCAGCCUCCCCACAUCUGACCAGAUCUGGCUGAAAGGGGCUCAGGGUCCCUGACCUUGUGCUCUCAGGUGUUGCCCGCCCCUCCUUGGCCCCAGACACCCCCCGACGCCAGCCUCUGGAGUCAGCAAGUUUCAAACGCAGGAAAGCCUGAGACGGCGAAGCCAUAUCCGGUUCUGCCAUCCUCCUACGCUGGGAGGGAAAAUGAGAGUUUUCCCGUGGUUUUUCUUGCUCUGAAAGCUAGGCUUUCACCCCCUUGUGUCCCCUCCCUGAGCUGCCCAGGUGAGCUCAGGGCAGCGCGCAAGGAGCAGUCGGGUGGUUUCUCCCGUCUCCGUUCACAGCAGGCUCUGCCCGCAGCCGCUCCACCCACGCCCCUGAAAAGGAAAUGUCUCCGGGACGCAGGGACAGGUGGACGGGAAGCUCGCACGUCUGAGUCCGUGGCAAAGCUCUUUCUGUCGUCUCCUGUCGGCUUCUUGUCCCUCCUAGUGAUGUGCCUGUAACUUCCUCUCCCCCCGCUCCGCCGCGUUCCCUUCCCACGACAAAAACGGGGCUGCUGGGUGUUGGCGACGGCCUUGGCUUCUCAGGCGGACGGUCAGCAUCUCCCCUGGACUCUGGUUAUGGGGACGGACUUGGCCCCAAGGGCUCGGAGGCCCAGGAGGCUGCUCCCCUGGACGGAGCGCCCGCCUCUUCCCGCCCCCUCCGCUCGCUGCUCCUUCCUCGCUGAUGAUAAAAGGAAUCGCUGGCAUUCUGCACCUGGACCAUUUGAUUGUUUUAUUUUGGAAUUGGUGUAUAUCAUGAAGCCUUGCAGAACUAAGUUUUGUGUGUAUAUAUUUAAAAGAAAAUCAGUGUUUAAAUAAAAAGACCUAUGUACUUAAUCCUUUAACUCCGCGGAUAGCAUUUGGUAGGUAGUGAUUAACUGUGAAUAAUAAACAUACAAUGAAUUCUUCA